CCUUGUCUGUUCCGUCUGGCCCUCCCGUCGGUCUUCCGUCUCCCACCCUCCAUCUUGCCCAUCCGCUCCACCCUCCAUUCCAUCCUCCAUCCCAUCUACCGUCCCAUCCCAUCCCAUCCCAUCUUCCGUCUUCCUGCCUUCUCGAUCCCUUCCCUCCCUCGCUCGCUCCCUCCGUCCCGCCGUCCCCGACGCUGUUUUACCGCUCCCGAAUCUUCCGCUGCUCCUGCGUUCUGCCUUGUGUCCCUGGCGCUCCCGGCUCCUUGCCUGUCUCUCUCUCAUCCCAGACACCCCCCCCUCCUAUAACCGCCUUCCCCGGCUCUUUGCCUGCCCUUCAGCUCACUUCGCAGCAUGCUUCGAACUCCACAGUUGAUCCAGUACCUGGGCUCGUCCUCUCGUCUGCUUGGACAAUCGACAUCGCGCUCGUCGCUGCGGUCGCCAGACUCGUCUCUGCCCUCUCCGCCCUCGUCUCCUCCCGAACCGGCGAUGCUGGUCGAUCCUUCCGAACCCGAGCCUGCUCCGUCCCAGCCGCCUGCAUACGAGUCCAUCCCUGGCUCGUCGUCUUCGGCAGCAACAGCGACAGAAUCAGCGACAGCAACAGCGACAGCGACAGCGACAGCAACGGAAUCAGCGGCGGCAGACGCAGAAACAACAACGGUGCUGCUCCCUCCGUCAUACGAUUUCGUCAUCGUGGACUCGCUCGGCCCAGUCUCUGAGGAGUAUCUGAAUGAGACGCCACCCGACUACUUUGGCUUUGGCAAUGCCGGCGACGGCCAGCUGGUGUUUCAGUACAGCCGACAAAAGGACUGGACGCAGGUCUCCUCAGUUGGGUUGUCGACAGCCGCGGCCGGCGAUGUUGUCUAUACGAUCCGCUACCCUGAGGAGACGCCCAUAACUAGUGCCGCCGAUUUGGUGAGACGAAGCUAUGAUUGCCAGGAGAUCAUUCUGGCCAGCGGUGCUGAGAACGGCCCAAAUCUGCUGUCGAUGCUCCGACUGCCGCACGAUCUAGACUUUGACAUCCGCGACCUCAACAACAGCUACCUCCGGUCCAGGUUCAACCGGACCGGCUUUGUCCGACUCAAAUACAAGUUCCAGGGCUUCCAGGGGGACGAGUAUUGCUGGAUGCCGGUCAAGCGGAACGAAUACGCUCUGCUCAAGUACCCGGCUAAGCAUGUUGUGGGCAAGUACGUCCUCACGGAAGACGGCUCUGAUCACAUCAGCGGAGCCUUCACUCUGGAUCAGCUCGUUUCCUACGACCAGACGGUGAUCGUAUCGUGCGCUUUCUUGGUGCAUGAAAUUGAUCGCCAGAAAGCCAUGCGAGCCUUCCGUGAACGACAACUGGAGGCCCUCAGCCGGCAGCCUCGCGCCGACUCUGUCUUCCGAAACGGAUACUUUACCAUCGUGGCGCUGAAGUAACGCUGAAGUAACGCUGAAGUAACGCUGAAGUAACGCUGAAGUAACGCUGAAGUAACGCUCCAGUUGCUCUCAAGUGGCGCCGUCGUGCCCGCGCCUGUGGGCUGUGUUUCAGAGCAAAUUCAGGCUUUUGGUUUGGAAUAUUCUGUAUCUAUGAACGUCCGUAUUUGGUGCUCUAUGCUAGGCUGUACACGAGCGGUGAAGCCUGGGUGCGGAUAUCCCGGCUCCAAGCAUCGGCCAGGCCCGAUGUCCAGCUGGUUCGACUCUUGUCUUGUGUCUCAUAUGCCCCGUCUCGCUCCUUCGUUAACAAGAUCGUGUUCAUUGGCUGUUGGGGGGG